CCUCCUCUCUCUUUUUUCUUCCUUUCUUUCUCACCUUCUCACCUUCUCACCUUACCCUGUCCUUACUCCUUUCAUCUUUCCUUAUUACUUCUGUUGAUCCUCUUCUUCCCUUUACCACUUGUCUUCUAUACCAUUUAUAUAUAUAUAUAUACAGACACACACACCCACCUCAUUAGACACCCCUAGAUAUCCACGCACGCAAUUUUAAUACAUGAGUUACUACAACAAUCCCACUUCCCCGAGGCAAAACCAGACUGCCGCCUAUGUCCCGGCUUCUUCGUAUUCUCCCUCAGUCCCAUACUCUACGAAGCCAUCAUCUGGCAACACCUUUAUUACUACCACACCAACAUACAUUAGUUCGCCAUUUGACGAUGAUCCUGUUGUCCCCAAUAACAACAACAGCUAUGAAAAGACUACCCCUUACAACCCAGACUAUAUGCCAAACACUAGUCAAACCAACGAACAUGCUCUCUCUCCAUCCUUCACAGAGAAAAACCUAGCUGCAGGUGCAGGUGCAGGUGUAGGCCAGACCUAUGCGAUGCAUCAUUUGAAUACCCAACAGAACAACUCCUAUGACCCUUAUGGAAACAAUCUCAACAACCAGAGCUAUGCUAGCUACAAUAGCAACAACCGUGAAUCGUAUGGAUAUGACAACAACAAUAACUACUACAAUGGCUAUGAUGAAGAGCGUCCUUCACUUUCCAAUGACACUGCACCUAUGCGUCCCUAUGCAGACAUGGAAACGAGCGAGGGCUUGACUCGUCACAAGAGUGGUGUGACUCGAGUCAAGUACGGCAAAAAGGAAAAAUCAAAAUGUCUGCCUUGUUUCCCCUGUAUCCGCUCUACCUGUGGACGCAUCACUUGUUGUUUCUGUAUAAUUCUGUUGCUGCUCAUCAUUGCCUUAGUUGUCGUGGUCUUCACUCUCUUCAAAGUGCCUACCGUCAACUAUAAGGGUAUGCAAGCUGAACCACAGUUCCUCUUCAACCAGGGUGGCACCACCUUGCAAGUUCAAUUUGCUGCUGACAUUGAGGUCACCAACCCUAACCCACUUGGAUUCAAGUUUGAGUCGAUUGUUGCUACUGCUUAUUAUCCCAAGUAUGAACCAUCAAUUGGAGGAGGCAACCUGACUAAUGUUGAAUUUCCAAGCAAGACCACUAAGACCAUUACCUUCCCUAUCUCGGCCGCUUAUUCAGGUUCACAGGACCCUGGCUUCACUGUCGUUAAGGACAUUCUCACCAGAUGUGGCAAACUUGGUGGUGACGCCACAGAUCUGACCAUCAACUAUGAUCUCAAGUUGACUGUCAAACUUCUCUUUUUCAACAUCAGUCCUACCAUCAAGGAUCAACACGUCAACUUUGCGUGCCCUGCAGACAUUGACUCCAUUGCAAAUGGCGUCCCCGGUGGUAUUGGCGCCAUCAUCGGUGGCAAGGCUACUUAAAUUAUAUUUAGAUAUCUCUCUAUUCACAAUGUGUAGUUUAGCAGACCUUCUUUUUUGUCUGAGGGUUUUUUCCCUUCGAUGUACCAUAAGUAACAUAAGAUCCCUCCUCAUGAAGCAAAGCAAAAACCCACCUCGUAUUACAAAUCCAUCAUUCAUACAUCACUUGAUUAUCUGAAUUCUCAAUCAUUAAACGAUAUAAAUAUUUCCGCUCCUCAUCAAGCAAUAUACAUUACUAUUUCUUUCACUAUCAGGAUUAUGUAGAUAGUUAUUACUGAACAUUACCACAGAAAAGCAUAAAAGAUCGACCUGUUAUCGUACAUGACCUUUUAUGCUUGCAAAUUAAAGGAAUGCAAAUAAAAGGG